AUGGCAUCUGAUGAGGAACCGAGCAGACCUCUGCUUUGGUCUUUCUCCGGGUUCCGCGAGAACAGACGGCCGACGCCCCUCAGUCGACAACUCAGCCAGUCGCGGAUCAGUCUUCAGGACAUGCUCUCGUCUCGGAGGAAACACUACGUCAUUCUCGCCCUGGUGUUCCUGGACGUGGCGACGCUCAUGGCCAACAUCUUUGUGGAACUCGUCGCCUGCGAUAUGAAGCGGGACGACGAACCGUGGGUCAAGAGCACGCGCCAAGGCCUCACCCUCGCCGGUCUUGUGUUCAGCUGUGUGUUCUUGGCAGAGCUGAUUCUCUGCGUGACGGCGUUUGGGUGGAGGUACUUUCACGACUGGUUUCACGUGCUGGACGGCCUAGUCAUCGUGGUGAGCUUCACCGUCGAUGUGCUCUCGCAUGGCAUCGUGGAGGAGAUUGCGUCGCUCGUUAUUGUCUUCCGUUUGUUUCGGUUUGUCAAACUCGUUGAGGAGAUGAGCAUGGGCGCAGUGGAGAGGACGGAGGGUCUCGAGGAGCUGCUGGUGACCCUCAAGCGAGAGAACGGGGAACUGAAGAGGCAGCUGGCGAUGCGAUAG